UUUUGUUUGUUUGUUUGAAUAAAAGUGUUUCAGACAUGAGGAGAAACAGCAGUCGGAGCAGCAGCAGCGGCAGGAGAGGUUCAGUGAUCCAAAGGCGAAGUGAAAAUGUUCGUUUUGAUGAAUUUGGCUUUGCCGUGGCGAAAAAAAAGGACCGAAAACUUCAUUGCCGAUGUCACGAUUACAGCUAUCCCCAGCUGAGCUCAGUGAGGGUCAAAGAGCUCUGUGAGCUCCUCAGCUACUGGAACGGCGCUAGCUUCAUCUGCAAGAGUCAGAUGGAGCGAUUCAUCCGGAUGGGGAUUCCUCCAUCACUGCGAGGUCGAGUGUGGAAGUGUCUUCUCGCCGUUGACCAUCUGAGAGAAACCAGCAACUUCAACUACCAGAAGUGUUUGUCAGAGGUGCGAGGACCCCUAGUGGACUUAGGUGUCAGCGAGUACGGCAUCCUGUCAGCAAUUGCCACGUUGAGCGACACCCAGAACAGUCUGAAUUUGAACCAUCUGCAGCCUAACUGCCCUGAGCCUCGAUACUCUGCCGAUGACAUCACGCUAUUUCGGCAGAUCGCCUUGGACCUGCAGCGUUCCUUCCCGACGCACCGCUCUCUGAUGGGGGACAGCCCAGAGGCCAUUGAGGGUCAGGCUAAACUCUUCAGGGUCCUCAUUGCUUGCGCCAGAUACAACCCGCAGGUUGGAUACACCCAAGGGAUGUCCUACAUUGCUGCAGUGCUGCUAAUGCAGAUGGGUGAAGAGGAGGCGUUCUGGGCUCUGACCGCCUUGCUGGAUAAACCCAAAUAUCUAGCUGAACUGUUUGACCUCAACCUCACCAAGGUCCAGGAUCAGGUGAAGGCAUUCGAUCAGUUUCUGAAGCACAGGAAGCCGCGGUUCUCUCAGCACAUGGAGUCGGUGGGAGUCCUGUCAGUCCAUUUUGUGACGCCGUGGUUCCUCACGCUCUUUACUUCCCUGCCCUGCUGGGACUCUGUUUUGGCUGUUUGGGAUCGCAUCAUUCUGCAUGGCCUGUCGGCUGUGUUUGGCACAGCUCUCACCAUCAUUGAGCUUCUGGAGCCUCGUCUGAUGGACUUGAAUGAUGAUGGUGCAGUCUUACCUCUGCUGCUAAGAGUGCCUGUUCAAGUGGCCCACUACAUGGUGUUGGUACCAGCUUUGUGGAACACCGAGGUCCAAGACUGGGAGCUUAAGUGUAUGGUGGGUCUGGUGCUGGACGAGACUCGGCAGGGACCCACAGCUGAUGACUGCCUGAAGAGAACAUCUGCAGAACCGAGCGUUGAAGAAAAUAUUCCUUCAGAAGCAGACAGAAUGACUGAGAAAGAUUCUACCGGGGCUAAAAGUGUGCUGACUAAGGUUCUGGGUCUAGCCCGGCAGUACCUGUUGGAUCCAGUGGGACGACCAAGGGUUCAGGCGGUUUCACAAACACAGGUUGGGCCAAAACCAAACAGUCCUACACCCAGAAGAGUCUUCAGUCAUCGGACAUCAGCGUCAAUAACACAGUCUCAGAUCAGAUUGAGGAGGCGAAGCCAGCAGAGGGGCAGAGCCAACCCACCCCUUGUACCAGCCACCGCCAGUGACGCAAAUGCAGCCGCUGUAACUGCGGCGGACUCUACUUCUCGUGCUAAGAUUGACAGGUCACAAUCGACCUUUAGGAGUUCGUGUAUUGGACCCAUUGGCAAGGUGGCCCGUCAUCGUAGCCUCGUUCAGCCUAUAAGAGUCAAGUCUCUCUGCUCCCAACGAAAUGCCAAGAAGCCAGUGACCCAAUAUUCUCCCACCUCCUCUGUCCUCCCUCCAUCACUCCGUCUUUCAGUCCAAUCUUCCUGUCUUCCGUCGUCACACCCAUCUGGAUCCUUUGAUUCUUCAAGCAGGGAUCAAGAAAAGCAGCAGGACUCGCCAAGGACUGCUCUCAUUAGAGAGCUGUCGUCCAGACACCAGAGCAGCGUCCCCUUCAGGAACCUCAGAGAAUCGAAGCUCAUCUGACGAACAAACACCGAUGACAUGUGAAUCAGGUGACCUUAAACUUUUUUGGCCCGAGACACCGGUGAAAAAACUGA